UCCUGUGGUUGACAGCUGACAGACUGUUAACCUCAAAUGUAAAUUUUCAAAAAACAAAAAUAUCCUUCAUAUUAAAACCACAUUACCACAUGUAUAAUUCUUAUUUAAAUUAUCGCUUUCCGUGUAGUUUGUGAAGCAAAAAUGAACUCGCUCUGUGGAAAUUUGAGACACAUUUUCUAUAACCCUUGUCCAGGAUUCAUGGUAUCGGCCAGGUUUGCCAGCAAGAAAACCAGCGGAAGCACCCAAAACACCCACACCAAAGUCAGACCGAAACAUCGCGGUUGGAAAGUACAGGACGGUACUAAAGUAGAAGCUGGAACCAUUUUAGCAACACAGCGCCAUUUACGUUUUCAUCCUGGUCUAAAUGUUGGCUUAGGUAGAAAUGGUACGUUGUUUGCAAUCAUCCCAGGAAAAGUUUUAGUCACAUGUGAGAAAGUAGAUCUGGACUGGGAACACACGUGGGUGGAGAGAUGCCACGGGUUUAGAAAAAAUACAGAAUUUUACAAAAAAUACUUUAAUAUUUUGCCAGAGAAACAGCAUCAGAGUUUUAAACUAAUAGAACAAGUGUAGAUGUAAAAUAAAAAUUAGUUUUGUUAAGUGACUAGCCAGUUGAUCGUUAUGUAGGAAACUUGGUUGUCUUUUAAAGACGCCAAAACGGCGUGUUUUCGUACGGACGACGCUAAACGACCAAAAGCGACUAUUUCUGUUGCAUGCAUGGCUAUGUCUGGGUUCUCUACACAGUGUACAAUAAAAAUGGCAUGGUAUGCAAUAGGGUCACCUAAAA